CCGUUGAAAGUGAAACACAUCUGCGAAAGAUAUCAUUGAUUGGACUUCGUUCAAGUCUCCCUCAGCUGGCUGCUCUGCUACCCUCUUCUUCUCUUUCGUCGGAAUCUAUAAAAACACUCUGCUUUGCUCUACUUUCUCUGUUUUAUUUCUUCUCAGUCAACGCCCACCAAAACAACAAAAAUGUCCAAAAGUGUCUGAUUUCUUCCUCCUCAAAAUCUGAAACCAGAACAAAAUCCACUUCUGGGUAUUGCUCAUCUCCCUCAAAUUCAUCAAAAUGCCUCGAAGAAACACGGACCCAGAAGCCACCAAUGGCUCCAUUUUUGCCCUCCUAUGUUCGGCUCUGAUCUCCUGCGUUCUGGUCUACGGUUUCUUAUCCGUGGUCCUCAGACCCAGCGACUUUUACACCACCUCGUCAACACUUGAAUUGGUUCAAGGGGAUGCCGGUGGCAGCGGUGCGGAUGGAGAUUCGAGGGAUGAGAAUGGAGAGUGUUGUAGGGGAGUCGAGAAUCUGGAGCUCUGGGGAGCUGCGGUUAAGUGGGGAUCCGAGUUUAAGUUCAACACUUCUGACGAGUGUUGUAAGGCUUGUAAAGCCAUGUGUACUGGCAAUGAUGGCCCUUGUUUAUGUGACACUUGGGUCUUCUGCGGGAAUCAGAAGACUUGUGGCUCCAAAUUUGGUGAGUGCUGGUUAAAGAAGCAGAAGGACACCUAUGUUCCAGAUCGGCAAGAAGCAGGUCAUUCAGUUAGUUGGACGUCUGGAAUCAUCUUUGGAAAAGGAGAGGGAAUUGUUGGGAUGAAAACAAAACAUGGAGUUCUCCAUAUAAAGCUUUUCCCAGAUUGCGCCCCUCAUUCUGUAGCCUACAUUCUGGAGCUCUUGAAAUUGCGGCAUUGCGCAGGUUGUGAAUUCUAUCGCGCAGAAAGCAGAGGCGAAUCUUGGGAUUCAGAAGGAAACCACAUAGACAAGGCUCCACAUGGUCCCCCAUUUGCACUGAUCCAAGGAACACUGGAAGCCAUGGGAACUCCAUUCAAGAAGAUCCCAACGGAAAUUUGUCCAACCAUUAAACGGGGUUCGGUAGCCUGGAUCAGUUCUGGCCCAGAAUUCUUUAUUAGCCUUGCAAACCACCAAGAAUGGAAGAAAACAUACACUGUUUUUGGUUCUGUUCUUCCUGAGGACAUGAAAAUCGCAGAGAAAAUCGCUCUCCUCCCCGCUGUACCAGAUGUUUGGAACAAUAUCAAUGUCUCCGUCUUGGAACAGCCUGUACCGUUGUUGUUGCAAAGGAUCGAGAGGAGCCAUGGAGAUCUUACCACAAGUGUAGAAUCAGAUUGAGAAGUUCAUAUUUUUUUUUUCUGACAUCUUUAUAUAAGUUUGAUCUUUUCCUUUAAAAGAAAAAAAAAGGAAGAGAAAUAUUUUAUAUACAUUUGAGCUAUAUUGGAUUCAAUAUUUACUUCUUUCUUGGAGCAAUAACACACGAUCUUUUGGUCUA